AUGCUCAGUGGCGCCCGCAGGCCGGGGGCCCGGCGCUCGCCCCCGGAGCUGCCGCCCCUGCCCCGCCGCGUCCCUCCCUCCCCCGGCGCGGUCGCGCCCGCCUCCCGCCUCCCCUCGGGCUCCCAGGCGCCGGGCUCCCGGCGCGGCGGCGGAGGGGGCGGGCGGGCCGCAGCCGCGGGGGCAGCGCCCUCGGGGAGCCGGCCGGCCGGCGGCGGCGGCAGCGGCGGCGUCUCUCGCCUCCUCCUCGUCCUCUCUUCUAACCGUGCAGCCUCUCGCUCGGCUUCUCGUGCAAGGGACGGUGGAAGCCGCGGGCCCGGGCGGGAGCCGGCUGAGGCGCGGCGGCGGCGGCGGCGGCACCGGCACCUCCCGCUCCUGGAGCGGGGGGGAGAAGCGGCGGCGGCGGCGGCCGCGGCGGCUGCAGCCCCGGGGAGGGGGCCGGAGUCGCCUGUCACCAUUUCCAGGGCUGGGGCCGCCGGAGAGUUGGUCUCUCCCCUCCUACUGCCUCCAACACGGCGGCGGCGGCGGCGGCACGUCCAGGGACCCGGGCCGGCUCUAAACCUCCCCUCCGCCGCCGCCGCACCCCCCCCGGCCCGGGCUCCGGAGGCCGCCGGCGGAGGCAGCCGUCCCGAGGAUCACCCGUCGUCUCCCCGUCCCGCGGCCGCCGCGGCCAGGCCUCUGGCUGCUGAGGAGAAGCAGGCCCCGUCGCUGCAACCAUCCAGCAGCCGCCGCAGCAGCCAUUACCCGGCUGCGGUCCAGAGCCAGGCGGCGGCAGAGCGAGGGGCAUCCGCCACCGCCAAGUCCAGAGCCAUUUCCAUCCUGCAGAAGAAGCCCCGCCACCAGCCGCUUCUGCCGUCUCUCUCCUCCUUUUUCUUCAGCCACAGGCUCCCAGACAUGACAGCCAUCAUCAAAGAGAUCGUUAGCAGAAACAAAAGGAGAUAUCAGGAGGAUGGAUUCGACUUAGACUUGACCUGUAUCCAUUUCUGCGGCUGCCCCCCUCUCUGCCUUUCUGUCACUGUCUCUUAGAACGUGGGAGCAGACGGAGGCGAAAAAUUCCCGUGGUUUGGGGGCCCGUGGCCGCCAACCCGGCUCGCGUUUCUCGAUCGUGCGUGUGUCUGGUGCCUGCUUUGAAUGCAUUCAGCCCAGGGUGUGUUCGGCGCCGUGGAACUCUCUGCCUGGUUGCAAGUGUCAGGGCACCAGAUUGGUUUUCUCGGUCUGUCCACGGGGUCUCCUCUUAAGGGCUAUUGUCCGUUAAUACGGAAUCCAGUGCACGGUUAGUGGAUUAGUGAGCUCGGUAAUCCGGUCUGCUAAAUGAACAGAAAAGUACACGCUUUGAGGUUGAGCAUAUUUCGAUUAAAUCUUGGCUUAAGGCCCUAGAUCAAGGGUAUAGAUUAGAUUAAAAUGAAAAUUAGUGUUUCACGUAUGCAUAUUGCAUCAGAAUCUUGCAGUGAUUGUUUUUAGUUUCCUGGGUUGCAUUGAUAGACUUUUUUUUUUUUUCUUUUUCUUUUUUUCUUUUUUUUUUUUUUUUUUUUGAUGUGAGUUGUGAACUGAUUUGCAUAACUUUGGAAGCAGAAUCCUUUUCGGCAUAUAUGGUGUUCAUUUGAGGGCCAAAGUGGGCUUGUAUAUUUAAACUAAGUCAAUCACAACUUUGAAACGGCAUUUCGAAGUUUUGUAGCUUCCCAUCAGUCGUGGCAUACGUAAUCUGCCUCCUUAAGGCGUUCUUGCUGGAUCUUUGUUAAAUUUGCCUUUUUUUUUUUGCCUCCGCUGGUGGGGUCGUGUAGGAUGGGGCACGAAAUUUGCAGUUCGGUAGCAUUUUAUAUCCAGCGGUCUUGUCGCACGAAACAGAAUGGAGAGGGAGUGCUUUUUGAUCCCGGAUGAUGAUGUGCAGCGUCUGGGCUGUUGCAGGGGUUCAACUUCAGCUCUUGCUUGGAAUUGAGGGGUUCCUGUGAGGCCAGAAUUUCAGGGUCGGGUCCUCUGACACGUCUGGGUGUCCGUGAAUGUGACUCUGACUUGUGUAACCUGUCAAGUGUAACUUACCAGCUAAUCACCAGAAAUGCUGGCUAGGGUGGCUCACUCCGGCUUCAGACUGUGUAGGUCUGUUAGCGGUUUCUCACACGCUGUAUUAAAUUUACUGACUCAGGUUGUUGAGUAUUCAAGACAGAAACCCGAGAAUUUUAACAGAGUAUCGUUUUGGUUGUCUAGGCCUUUGUACCUCAAAAGAUAGUGGUUAUCGAAAGGCAUUAAUCUUGGCAGUUUCAGGUGUAAUAAGCUGGUUUUGAUCAAGGGUGGGGAUGGAACCCUCCUUUUUUUUUUUUUUUUUUUUUUUUUUUUUUUUUUUUUUUCAGAAUGGAAAGGAUCGCAGACAUUGCGAGUUCCUGGUAGGUGAGAGGCACGAAAAACAAUUCAGUUACUGGCCCGAGGUGACUGAAGCAUCUGAUGAAGGCCUCCCUUAAGACCAGAAUUUUGGUGAUGUGAGUUAUAAGUGUGGGCAUUACUUAGUGAAGGUUAUGUAAUUGCAUGAGCUCUAACAGAGCAUUCUUGAUUAAAAAAAAAAAAAUCAUUUCUUGGCAAAUACCAGUAAACCUUUUGCUUAAAGGUAGAGUGGUGCUGGAGUGUCUGUACGUCCUGCUAAAAAUCGUGGGGAAGAUGUGUCUUUUGAAGACGAGAACGUGCUUUCUAUCUGAAGAGGUUUUAUUCCUUUGGAUUAUGUAGCUGUGCACAUAAGCGUGCACAGCUAAUUUUGCCCGAGUGUUUGUUUUGAGAUGAAGAGAAAAGUUACUGAAGAAGGAGCUUUGUAGCACACAAAACGUAAGUUUUCUGUUAAGUUAAAAAAUAAUAUUUUAAGGGAAUAUUUAGAAGUUUUGGAGCCUGCAUUAAUUGCAAAACUAGGAAGGCUGAACUUGACCCGCUCGCCUAGAAGAUAAUUAGUUAUGGAAACCCUUCUCUGAUUUGUAAUUUAUUUCAAAAGCAGUCUACUGUUGGCAGGAAUUGACAGUCAUCUGGAUGUAUAGGAACAAAUUAAUUAAAUGCUUAUUUAACUUUUUAGGAAAAGUCCUCAUGUAAGAAAAUGUCUAGAAUGCUGUUUGGUAGAUUGCUUUUAUGAUUUAGAGUACGUUUAUACUAUUUUUACUUUACCCAUUUGCUUUCAGAUUGUCAGGGUUUGAAGAUUAAAAUUACUCUGCCAGGUUCUUACAUGUGAGUAGUGAGAUGAUUGGCCAGUUCUUUGACUUCAGAUGUUUGCCUCUGUACGUGACACUUACGUGACUUAGAACUUUCUCUAAAACUGUGCUUUUCGUUUUGGGAUGCAUAGAAAGCAGUAUCAAAUAUUGCAUCAAAUGACUAAUAACACUUAAUUU